CUCCUCCCCUCAUAUACAACCCGUCCCAAGACUCAGUGAUGGCCUCCGAGUAAAGGAAAGAGAGAAAUGGCUUCCAAUCUCGUCACCACCACCCCAUAAAAGAAACCCUCGACAACCCCAACCAUGUCUUCCCGUUUUGCCCCUCCUUUUCAUCUCUAUUUACCUGUUUUGUGCAACUACCUCUCUCCUAGAAGUUCCUUGGUCGGAGCUAACCACACCUCUGCUCGUUUCUGCUCUCGCUAAUCUCCGCCUCUCUCUCUGUAUCUCUUUCAAUCUCUCUCUCGUCUGUACAGUAGGUAUUUUUUUAAAAGAGGGUGCAAGAUAACAAACAUGGAGCCUACUGCAGGGAAGCCUGGCUGUUUGAAGAAUGUUCUGGUACGGUUGCUUUUGUUCGGCGUUUUCAUCAUCGUCGUCCGAUUCGCCUACGUUGUUACUAUUGCCGGCGAGUCGUGCAACGUCGGCGACUUCUGUUUCUUCUCGUUGCCGGAGACUUUCAACUUCGUUAUUGCCGGCGCCGGCACCGGAGCCUCGGCCAUUGCUGCGACCGACGCCGUGAAGGCGACCAACGGCGGGGAUCUCUACACCAGCAAGGACUGGAUCAAGGCCGUCCAUUACUACUCCUCGGUGUUCCAGGAUCUGAUCACCGAGGGCCGCCUCUCGCCGGGAUCGAAGGCCCUGUGCGUGGAGACUUCGACGGGACAGGACGUCUACGCCCUGAGGCAGAUUGGCGUCAGGGACUCUAUCGGAAUUUUCAAGAAAGCCUCGCGGCCUUUGGUAAUCAAGGCCCUCCCGAACAAAGUCCCUUUCGGCGACAACACCCUCGACUUCGUUUUCUCCGGCGGGGCCCGCCUCGACAAGGCCUCCCGGCCGUCGGAUCUUGCGUCGGAGAUCGAAAGGACGCUGAAACCCGAAGGGUUUCUGGUGGUCCACAUCGGCGCUAAAGACACGUACAGCUUUAAUUCCUUUCUCGAACUGUUCAAUUCCUGCGAGUUAAUCAAAUCACGCGACAUCGACGGCUUGGAUUCGUCGACGCCUCAAAUACGCGAAGUUGUUCUGCGAAAAAGGGUCGAAACCGAUAAUCUUGGCCGCGGCUUUGAGAAGCCCGAACCGGAUGGCAAUUCGGAGAACAAGUGCUUGGUUCCGGGGCACAAGCGAGAGCUGGUCAGGAAAGCGGAGCCUUUGAUCACGGAGGAGCCGUUGAAGCCAUGGAUCACGUUGAAGAGGAAUAUAAAGAAGAUAAUGUAUUUACCAUCAAUGGCCGAUAUAAGCUUUAAGAAUAGGUAUGUGUACAUUGAUGUUGGGGCUAGGAGUUAUGGGUCUAGUAUAGGAAGUUGGUUCAGGAAGCAAUACCCAAAGCAAAACAGAACCUUCGAAGUGUAUGCGAUUGAGGCCGAUAAGGCUUUUCACGAGGAGUAUAGGAUGAAGAAAAAGGUUAGCCUGUUGCCUUACGCGGCGUGGGUGAGGAAUGAGACAUUGUUGUUUGAGGUUAAUCACGAUCCAGGCAAGAGCGAUGUCGAUGAUAAAGGUCGCGGAAUGGGGAGGAUUCGACAUUUAAGCGGCGGCGGCGGCGGCGGCGGUAAUGGCAGUGAGGUGAAUGAGAUUGUGGGCUUUGAUUUUGCAGAGUGGUUGAAGAACACGGUGUCGGAGAAGGACUUUGUGGUGAUGAAGAUGGAUGUGGAAGGGACCGAGUUCGAUUUGAUUCCGAGGUUGUUUGAGACCGGAGCAAUUUGUUUGAUCGAUGAGAUAUUUCUAGAGUGUCAUUAUAAUAGGUGGCAGAGAUGUUGCCCUGGUGAGAGGAGUCCCAAGUAUGAAAAAACCUAUGGCCAAUGCUUGGAGCUUUUCUCUUCUUUGAGGCAAAGUGGGAUUCUUGUUCAUCAGUGGUGGUAACAGCGACUACACACAUUCUCUUGUCACAUCUUUUUUCUUUGUUUUUUACACCUGAAAUGUUGUAGUUUUCUUGUUUUUGAGAUUUUUAUGUUAAGGAUUGUAGCUGAAAAUGAAAUUUUAUUUGUUCAUUGUUCUUCAAUUAUUUAAAGGUGCUUAUAAAGGUGAACACAAUUUGAAA